GGAUACGUUACCAUCCAUCAUUAACAAGCGACAUCAUGGCAGGCCUCACGAUCGAAGCAUUCAUCUCGAUGAAGAAGCCUGGCAAUGCCAUCCCUUCCCCGUCUGGAUCGCGCUUUGCCAUGUCUGUUUCGCAAUACGACAUUGAGAAACAGCGCACUCAGGAGAGUGUCAUCGUUGGCGAUAUAGGCUCCUCCCUUUCGAAGACUGAUACGGUACUCGACGGACUCAAGCUAUCAGGACUUGUGUGGGCGUCAGAUGAUGUGUUGCUCUAUCUGCGACCCGGUGGAGCUAAAGCAGAUGAAGUCGAUUGUCCGAUUGACAAGUCAGACAAAGAAGCAAGCAAGCUGUUGGAAGCCCGAGCCGAGUCUAGUGGUGUCGAGCUUUGGUCCGUCCACGUCAAAGACGGGACGAAACAACGCGUCGGACAGUUCCCCAAAGGCGUCGAGCCCGCCAAUAUGAGCUUCAAUCCGGCUCGCGAGCUGCUCUCCUUCUCUGCAGAAGUCUAUGCGAGCGAUCCCGCGCUAGAAGCCGUGGCCAAGAUAGACAAGCAACGUGAGGAUACCGCAAGAGGGUCGGAUGCCAAAGUUUACGAUGAUCUCUACGUACGACAUUGGAACGCCUGGUCAGACGGCAAGGUCAACAAGGUCUUUAUCUGCAAGAUAGCGAGCGAUCAGGCGGGCACACUGCAACUCGAUCUGAAAGCGGGUUUCAUGUCACCUAUCGCGCACAGCAAGGUCAAUUCGCCCUCCAUUGGCGGAGGUGCGCAGGACUUUCAGCUCUCGAGCGAUGGCACCAGCUUGAUCUGUAUGGCAAAGACACCCGAGUUGCCCGUAGCAUGGCACACCCGCACAGAUGUAUACGCAGUACCUGUAUACGCUCGCAACAAAGACGAAAAGAAGCCUUUACCUCUGACGACGGGCGAGCAUGGCGCCACUAGCUCGCCUGUCUUUGCUCCUUCGGCUACCCAGACGAGCGGCAAGGCUGCCUGGCUCCAGAUGGACAAGGAUGGCUACGAGGCAGAUUACCGGCGGAUUAUUAUCAUCGAUCUGGAGACUCGAGAGAAGAAGAUACUUGCGAUGAGUGAAUGGGACCGCAGUCCGCAUGCCCUCAAAUGGUCAAACGAUGGCAAGGGAUUGUAUCUGCUCGUCGAAGACUAUGGCCGCACGAAGAUCUUCUAUCUCGCUCUUGACUCAGCGAACGAGCAUCCCGUGCCGCUGACAUCCGAAGCGACGGUAGAAUCUUUCGAGGUCCUGCCCGGCAAGGAUCACCGUCUGCUGCUCACGAUCAGCUCGUUGAAUGCGCCAAACGAGGCCUAUCUGCUCGAGGCAAGCAGUAUGGCUGCGAAACCGACUCUCACUCGACUCACGCAGCUCAACGAUCUCUCCAAGCUAGGUCUGGAACCAGCCGAAGACUUUGAGUUCAAGGGUGGCAAUGACAAGACAAUUCAUGGCUUUAUCGUUCGACCGCCAGGAGUCAAGUCAAAGUCGGCUGAUAAGAAGUACCCGCUCUGUGUCUGGGUGCACGGCGGCCCUCAGGGUGCCUGGUCAGACUCGUUCCACUUUCGUUGGAAUGCAGCCGUUAGCGCGAGCAGAGGCUACAUCACCCUUCUCAUGAAUAUCACAGGAUCGACCGGAUACGGUCAGGAACUGACAGACGCGAUCGGUAACAAUUGGGGCGGCACGCCUUACAAGGAUACGAUCGCAGGCGUAGAACACUGUCUAGAUGCCUACCCAGAGAUCGAUCGGGAGCGCAUCGGAGCGGCGGGCGCUAGCUAUGGCGCGUACUUCAUGAAUUGGCUCGAAGGUCAUCCGACGUCGAGCUUCACUUUCAAGACGCUCGUCAAUCAUUGCUGCCUCUUCAAUAUCGUCAAUUCGAUAGCGAGCGAUGAACAAUUCUUCCCAGAGCGCGAAUUCGAUGGCACCAUCUGGUCAGCUCGGGAGAACUAUGAGCGCUGGUCGCCGCACAACUUUAUCGAUCAAUGGAGCACACCAAUGCUUGUCAUUCACGGCGCGAAAGACUACCGACUGCCAAUUGCCGAGGGACUCUCGACGUUCAAUACACUCCAAAGAUUGGGCAUACCAUCACGAUUCAUUUACUAUCCGACCGAGGGCCACUUUGUCGAGCAGCCUGCCAAUUCGCUGCAUUGGCACAACGAAGUCUACAAGUGGCUCGACGAAUGGCUCCUGUAGCUCUCGCGAAGCUAGCGUUGCUCGCAGGCUUAUUGCAUGAGCAUGGUAGCUCUAAGGUCCAUGCGCAGGCUAGCGAGGGAACGGACUCAUGCGCACAGAAGAUCAGACCGCGGAUAGCGCGACGUGAGGAAAGAGCUUGUCAACAUGUGG